AUGCACGGCUCGUUCCCAUCUCGCUUGCCGCAGUGGCUCCCGGAAGGCGCGGCAGGGGUGACGAGGCUGCCUCCUGCACCCACACGCUGCCCCGUUCGAUCGGGGACAGCUGUCCCUUCUCGUUUUCGCCUGACGUUGCGGUCGUCUUGCAAAGGCACCUCUCUUUGCUGCCGGCGGUCGGCUGCGGGCGCAUCGCUUAUCUCUGCCACGACGCAACACGAUCUUCUGCAUCGCGCUGCCUCUGCGGCAACUAUCACCUUCGGGGCGCGGCAUAUCUUGGACCCCGGCUACGCAAAAACACACGCCGUGAGAUAUGUGCCCGCACGUGCAGUUGAGCUGGAGGCGGAGGCGGGCGACGAUGCCAAGGCGGAGACCCGCAACGUACCCAAGACAGCAGGAGAAUCUCCAUCCGUUGGCGACGGUGGGGCUGCGGCGGAACCCUCUGUGGUGGACUUCACGACGGACGAUGCCAUCGAGAAGCUGGACCGGCUGUGCCGUCCCGCGAACACCGACACGCAGUUUUUGUCGCUGCCAGAGCGGCGCAUGUUCACCAAGAUGAUCUACGACAAGUUCUACAAGGACGAGGGCACCACCGUGAUGGACCCUGCAAUGCUGUACCAGGCGUCCUUGGAGGUUCAGUGGGUGGAGGAAUGGAUGGCGGGCGUUGCAAACGCAAGGCACCUCUCACGCGACGGCGCACGCCGUGCCGUAAAGACGGCGCUGCUAGAGCGAGUUGACUUGCACAAGCCGCUGUCGUACAUUAUCGGCUCGCAGCCCUUUUUCGGCUGCGACAUCCACUGCGAAGAGCCCCUGUUGUGUCCGCGGCCGGAGACGGAGAUGUGGACCCACUGGCUUGUCUACAACUACCUCAAUCGCGUGCGACGCUCGUCUGCGACUGAAGUUGACAAUACAAGUGGACCGCGGCUGAACGUUUUGGAUGUGUGCUGCGGCACUGGUUGCAUCGGUGUGGCGCUGGCGAAACACGUCCCCGGUGCGGUCGUCACGGCGCUAGAUAUCCUGCCGCAAGCGGUGACGGUGUCGCAGCAGAAUGCGCAGCGCAACGGCAUUCCGGACAGUCGCUACAAAGCGAUCGAAAGUGAUAUGUUUGAGCACUUUCUCGAGCCAGGCAGCUCGUCUCCGUCCACUGCAUCUGACACAACAAACGAGAUCAGCAGCGCUGGCAAAGAGCCACCUGUAGCACAGGAUCGACCGCUGGGCACGAUGAAGCCGGAGUUUGUCGGCACGUUUGACGUAGUUGUGUCCAACCCGCCUUACGUGUUGCGAGAACAGUACGUCGAAUUACCUCGCUCCAUCACGCACUGGGAGUCGAAGAUGGCGCUCGUUGGCGAUGACUACCGCGAGUCGCGUCAGCAUUUGUACUUUAAAGAGCUGUGCGUGCAUGGGGCAAAACUGCUAAAGCCGCGUUACAUGCGACCGGCCGCACUGCGUGACACACCAAACAUGCUAAUCGAGGUCGGCUUGCAGGCGCACAUAGUUGCGGACUUGAUGGAGAAGAGUGGGAUGUGGCGAGACGUGAGCAUCCACCUCGACUACGCGCAGCAGGAGCGGUGGGUCAGCGCCGUUUCAGCUCAUUAA